CCGGACGCAUGCUGAUGACGCCAUCAACCGCGAGCCACAACAAAAACAAUAACAGCUGUUAGCCGCUGGCUAGCCGGCCCGUUUCCUCAGUUUUCUUUAGCUUCUUUAACUUUGUAAAGUUCAGUUUUUGCUUUUUCCGACGCUGGAACUUUCGGACAUGAAGCUGCUUUUAUAAAAUCCUGAACUUUCCGCUGUUGUUGAUUUAAAAUCUUGUGUUUGUCUGUUAGCUGCUAGCAGGAUUAGCCGCUAACCGACGGCAGGAAGGAGUUGCACAGCGAGAGAUGUUUCUGUCUGAGCCGGACCAUGAAGUCCUCCUCUGGAGAGUCUGACCUCCGAUGACCUCUGAUGACCUCCGGCAUCACUUCCUGCUCCGUCGUCAUGUCUCCACGGAAACGGCCGCUGGUCCCGGUGGGCAGCCGGAGGAAGGCGUCUGACGACGUGUUCCCGUUCGACCUGCUGCCGGUGGAGUGCCGUCUCCACGUCCUGUCCUUCCUGGGCGAGGUGGACAAGUGCAGCUGCGCUCUGGUCUGCCUGAGCUGGAGCCGCCUGGUCCGGUCCGGGAAGCUGUGGCGGGUCGCAGACUAUUCCCGCCGCGGCGUCUUCCACCUGGGCCAGGAGGGGCUGCUGGUGUCCAACCGGGAGUUUGAGCGCUGGAAGGCCUGGGUGCACCACUACACCCACCACCUGAUCUCCAGGAGGGCCAGCCUGCUGACGCUGAAGGCCAGCUUCGACCUGGGAGACCGACACAACGGCUGGGCUCAGCUGCUGCGCCACCUGCUGGACAACGUGCACUGCAGGGACCUCAGCCAGCUGGACCUCAACUGGACCUUCACCCUGCUGGAGCCGCUGGACCUCCGAGUCCACUCCAGCUCCCAGCAGGACAGCAGCACCAAGAUGGACCAGGUAACCAGCUUCCAGGACCUGCUCUCUAAGCUGACCCAGUCCUGUCCCCGGAUCUCGAAGCUUCGGGUCCACUUCGACUGGUCCGACCCGUCGGUGGCGCUGCUGAGCCGCUUCCAGCAGCUCCGGGUUCUGGAGCUUAAGUACUUCUGGGUGUUUAAGGGCGUCGCCCCGGCAACGCUGCAGACGCUGACCUCGGCGCUGCCCAACCUGCGGGCCCUGACGCUGCACAUCCUGGUCCCCCUGAGGACCCUGGGGACGUCCUACAGCCUGGAGUCCUCGUCCCUGGAGUUCCUGGACGUGUCCCCCAGCCGGGGUCUGGUCUUCUCCCGCCUCCGGCUGCCGGCGCUCCGGGAGCUCCGGGCCAAGAAGAUCGUCCGCGGAAUCACGCUGGACCGCCGGACCCGGCUCCGGAUCCAGAGCCGCUGGCCCUGCCUGUACCAGGUCCUCCGGGACGGGACGCCCCGCCUCCAGGUCCUCAACAACGAGAGGCUGGGGGCCGGCUGGAGGGACCACACCUACGGGGACCUGGACUCCAUCCUGGACCAGUCCUGCUACUGCAUCCAGCACCUGGACAGCUGGCUCUGGUAGACCUGGACCAGAAACCUGGACCUGGACCACAAACCAGGACCAGCUGCUCCAGUCCAGACCCGGACAGGAACCAGACCAGGAGCUCCUCAGUUCCUCCGUUUGUCUCCAGAGGCUGAAGAACGUCUUAAAGUCCAGAAAAAGGCGAAAUAUUUCAGGAAGAACGUCAGAAAAUAUUCAGAUGUUUCUGAAGAAUCACUUUAAGCUGAAAAACCCAAAAACACAUCAGCUGGUUUUUAUGGUUUUCUAUUAUUUAUAGAUUUGUUUGCUCAUUUUUUAAUCAUAUAUAUAUAUAUAUUAUUGUAGUUCUUUUAGUUUUAUUUAUUUUUGGGCUCAUAUUUUUCUCUGUUUGGCUUAAACGUUGUAACUUCAUCUUAAGUCCUGAAACGUUUCAGGAAAAUCGUUUAAAAUCUUGACAAAUUACAGAUUUAUCAUCAAAUUAUCGGCUUUAUUCAGAGGAUAGUUUCAGUUUUCCUCCUAGAAAUUCUGUUUUUCCCACAAAUAUUCCACCUUUUUAAAACCAUUUCUAAUUUAUUCUCUGGAUGUUCCGACGUGGUUCUGGAAAUAAUCACAUUAAAAAAAAACUUAAAAUAUUACACCUUAAAUCUCAAACUGUUACAAAACAGUUCUUUUUUUUAAAUAAUCUUUUUAUUCAUUUCUAUUUUAUUCUCAUCAGUUUCAAAAUAUUUCUCCACAUAUUUCCGUCUAAAAAUAUUGCAGCUGCAUUCUCAGAAUAUUACAAAAAUAUUUUUCAGAAAAUUGCAUCUUUUUUAAUUCUAAAAAUCUUCUAAAUCUAUUCCAAAAAUGCAGUAUUAUAAAGAUCACAUGAUUAUUUUCUGCAACUUUAUUCUGAAAAUAUUACAGCUCAUUUCCACCAUUAUUUAAAAAAACAACAACAAAUUUUGUCCUAAAAAUAUUAUUGAGAAUAUUUCACAUUAAUUACCUGAAAUUACAACAUAAUUAGCAGAUUAUUAAACAUGAAUUUAUUAAAAUAUCUACAUUCCAUUUUUUAAAAUAUUCCAACUUAAUAUUUCUUGAAGUUGUUCCCCUCAUAAUUCUGAAAAUAUAACGACGUCAUUCUCAGAUUAUUUCUCAAAACAUUCCAGGAUAUUGUUUGAAAAUUGUACUUUUUUAUAAUUAAAAUAUUGCAGUUUAAUAUUCCAACUUUUACUGUUUAUUUUAAACAUAUUGUGACUGUAUUUUCAGAAUAUUUCACAUUAAUUACCUAAAAAAUACAACAUAAUUAGCAAAUUAUUAAACAUUAAUUUAUUAAAAUAUUUACAUUCCAUUUUUUAAAAUUACAGCUUAAUGUUUCUUGAAAUUGUUCCCCUCAUAAUUCUGAAAAUGUUUUGUCUGUUCUCUUGAAAUAAAAGGACGUCAUUCUCAAAUUAUUUCUCAACGUUUUGCAGAAUAUUUCUUGGAAAUUUUGCUUUUUUAUUAAAAUAAAAUAUUGCGGUUUAAUAUUCCAAACUUUGCAGUUUAACCUAAAAAUAUUGUGACUGUUUUGAGAAUAUUUCAGAUAAAUUAUCUAAAAAUUACAGCAUAAUUAUCACAAUAUUAAACAUUAAUUAAUUAAAAUAUUAUGAUUCCAUUUGUUAAAAAAAUAUUACAACUUUAUUACCGAAAUAUUUCUCAAAAAAAUUGCAAGAUCUUUUUACAAAAUAUGUCUUCAAAUUAUUUCCCGUAAAAUGCUGAAAAUGUUUUAACUCUUUUCUUAAAUUAUAACUGCGUCAUUCUCAGACUGUUUCCCAAAACGUUUCAGGAUAUUUCUUAAAAGUUGUGCUUUUUUUCCAAAUUAUAAAUGAUUGUAUCCUGAAGUUUAAUUCUAAUAAAAUAUUCCAGUUUAAUAUUCCAAAUUUUUCAGUUUAUUCUAAAAAUAUCGUGUCUGUCUUCUCAUAAAAGUUCAUCCUGAAAUAUUUAGCCUUUUUUCUCGGCCUCAGACCUGCAGAAAGCCGACUGAACAGCUUCUGAUUGAUGAUUGAUGAUUGAUUACCGAUCAGCUGUUUCUAAUCAUCAGAUCCCAGAAACUGGUUUUAUUCUGAAUGUUUUCUACGUUUAACAAUCAGGACUUGAGGAGCAAACAGGUUGAACUGAUCGUUUUAUCUCCUGACUGAACUUCCUGUUGUUUGUUUGUUUGUUUGUUGUUUUGCUUCCUGAACUGAAGGACGUUUAGAAACUCUUUGCACAUGUCUGAAGGUCGUUUUAUUCCUCGUUUCUGGAUGUUUGUUUGUUUGUUUUUGUUUGUUUUUUAGCUGCUGUUACGUUUUCCUUCACUGAGGUUCAUUUUUAAUUAAAGUCCUGCAGCUCUGAGGAACCAGAACAUGAAGGAGAGAAAAAUAAACAAUUCUUUGAUUAUUUAUUGUUAUUUAUGACAUGUUUUGAAACCUUCAGAAUGGUCAGAAAUGUCUCCCAGUGUGUCCAGGACGGCUUCAAACUGGACGCAAAUCAAUCAAACUGAGUCCAGAUUUACUCUGAAGGUUCCCUAAAAGACCGAAAUCUGUCCAAAAUAUAUCAACGUUUGUCAAAAACUGACCUGAGAUCUGUGUCAAAUGGCCACAAUGACAAGAAAAAUCUUUGAAGACAUGAAAUGUAAACGACUGCUCUGUUAUCACUGAAACAUUUUCUUCAUUGAGGUUCGUUCUAAUUAAAGUCCUGCAGCUCUGAGGAACCAGAACACCACGAAGAAAAAGAGAGAACGAUGGAAAAUGUGUUUAGAAUGACUCAAACUUUGCUUCAGAUGUCAAAAUAUUGUGAAAAAUGUCUCAAACAUUUGUCCAAAUCACUCAACAGUUGUUUAAAAUCAUAAAAAUCUGUUUUAAAUGAA